CCUUUUCCGGAAGUGGGUGUGGUUGGGUCUCCCUGCCGCCCUGGAGGCUGAGGGACGGAUAUGGAGUGAGGGAGCCCUCCCCCCCCGCACGUUGUGAGGUGUGCACUUUCCAUAUAAAGAUUUAAAAUGGCUUCAAGAGGAGCAAUAGAGACCAGUAAACUAAAACAGAACUUGGAAGAGCAGUUGGACAGGUUAAUGCAGCAGCUGCAAGACCUGGAGGAGUGCAGAGAGGAACUGGAUGCAGAUGAGUAUGAAGAAACCAAAAAAGAAACUCUAGAACAGUUAAGUGAGUUCAAUGACUCACUGAAGAAGAUCAUGUCUGGAAAUAUGACUUUGAUAGAUGAACUCAGUGGGAUGCAGCUGGCUAUACAAGCAGCCAUCAGCCAGGCUUUUAAAACUCCAGAAGUCAUUAGAAUGUUUGCAAAGAAACAGCCAGGGCAGUUACGGACAAGGUUGGCAGAGAUGGACCGAGAUCUGAUGGUUGGGAAACUGGGACGGGACCUAUACACGCAGCAGAAGGGGGAAAUCCUAACUGCCCUCAGGAAGCUUGGAGAGAAGCUGACUCCAGAUGAUGAGACUUUCCUGUCAGCAAAUGCAGGUGCAGCCCUCAGCCAGUUUGAGAGAGUCUCUAGUGACCUUGGAUCUGGAGACAAAGUCUUUGCUCUGGCUAGUGUUGAAGUGGAAAAAUCAAAGCAAUGAAGAGGUGUGUGGGGCUAGAGUUUCUCCUGUUGUCAGCAACAUUGGACUUCUAUCAUAUUGUAACUGGGUUUUUUUGCUCAUUUGAUUUUUUUGUAAACUGUUGUGGGGGUGGGGGGAGGACUUCAAUCUUAGUCACAAGACAACGUAAAGUGAACAGUCUUAAAGUGCACUUUGGGACCUCAGUGUCUGUACCCCAUAGCAAUGUAUGCUCUGAGGCUAAACACUAAGUGGUAUUUCAAAAGCUGACUAUGAUUGUCUUCUUUGAAAGGGAUCAACUAUUUUCCACUUUUCUGAAUGUGUAUUUCUCUAUUAAAAUGUCAUCUUUUUCAAUGUGAUGACAGUGAGUAGAUCUUUUCAGAAACACAUCGAGUCCCAGCAAACGGGUCAGUUUUCAGAGCUAUUCCUUAGCUUGCCUGUAAAAUUCAGUCUUGUCUGGAGUUAGUCCCUACUGAAUAGCUUAAGUGUAAAAACACAUUGUAACUUAAAAAAAAAAAAAAAGACUGUUUGUAGAAAGACAGGAUUUCAGACAAACUGUUCCCAAAAAAUCCAAAAUGAGAGUACACAUACCAACAUUCGCUGCCUGCAUGUUUGCUCUGGACAUGAAUGAAUGCCAUUGUAUCUCUGAGUGUUGAUUGGCAAACAAUGGAAGCCCUGUUGGGAGUCUUCUGGAGUAAUUUAACCUCGUGUAUUGAAAAGACAGGGAAGCACUAGGAAAUGGCAGUGAGAGGCCCACUCUGACCUCUUGCUGUUGCCCAGGAUGUAUCAACUACAAGCUACCAUUAUUUCCCCAGAUUUCUGGGGCAGCAUGAAAUAGGUUGUAAGUAGAAACAAACAGCCCCAAUCAUAAUCCUGGUCUAUGCUAUAACUAAAUCAGAGGCGUCAGUUGCAAUGCUGUUUUCUCGUGACCUGCUUACCACAUGGUUAAAAGCUGUAGUGCAAAUGAGACCUGUGUGGCCAGAAUUAGGUUAAAACCCAGGACAAACUCCGAGUUUAGGUGGAGCAAAAUAAAACCUCAUACUGUCCAGGGUCUUAGCCUGGUUCUGGAAGACAAUUUGGUCCUAUGCGCACUACAGCUUUUUACUGUGUGGCAAUCAGGCUUCUGACUCUAUUGGUAUAGACUAAAUAGGGCUUACCGCAUUUGCUUUUGUAGAUGGGUAGUGGUUGCUUCUCAGUCCAAAUGGAAGAACUGUACUUGGUGCUUUAGAUGUGUGUUCCAUUCAUUGUUCUUGUAACUGUAAAAUAUCUGUGCACACUGGUUCUGUACAUUCAAUAGUGGGGAUCAUUCAAACAGUUACAAUACAGGCAGUGUUACUUUCUAGUUCAGUAUCUGUAAAUACUUCAUGCCAAUUUGAGCAGGAAAUCUUUUUUCACAGGUGAGUUUUGCUUGACUACUUAUUGAAGGCGUAUGUGCCAGGUCUUCCUCUCAGUUUAAAUUUGGAUGUUGACCUAAUGAUACCAGGAGUUGUAGAUGUUUCUCUAACAGCCUUUCAUGCAAUCUUCCUUCUCUUUUUAGCGCUGCUUAUAUCUGAACCUUUUCUCCAGCCGUAAGAACAUUUCUCAGAUGCACAUUUUACAGCUGUGUAUCAGCUAGGAUUUAUUUUCCUUUCUACAGAAGAAAAUAAGCUUGUCCAAUUCCUUAUCAGGUUCAGUCUGUCCUGCACCUGGAUGCCAGAAUCCUAAGGUUCCUUAUCGCAGUACAUCUGGAGAAAUUGUGUUUCCACUGAUAGUUUUAUUACUUCUAGCUCAUACAGAGAAUUAAUUUCACUUUAAUCCUGCACAAUUUAGAUUCUGACGUUUGAUGAAGAUUGUUAUAUUUUUUCCCUUUUGACUAGCUGUUUUAGAUACAAACUAUCCCUUCCCUCCCCCCCCUUUUUAAAAAAAAAAA